AUGGCUUCGCUCCGCGCCUUGCGCGCGUGCAACCCCACGCGGCUGUACCCCGGCCAUGGCCCGGUCGUCGAAAAGGCCGUCGACACCAUCGACAUGUACUUGAGCCAUCGCCAGAAGCGUGAAGAUGAGAUUCUCGCCGUGCUCACGUCCAAGGGGCCUGUCGAUGUAUCGACGAUUGUGGCGGCCAUGUACCCGUCCCUACCGUACUUGUUGUCAUUGGCGGCUGCCCGCAACGUCCGCAUGCAUCUGCGCAAGCUGCUCGACGACGGCCAGGUCCUCAUGGUGCCAUCGAUCUCGUGGUUGUCCCGGACGCCGCGGUAUGCGAGGGCAACCGUUCCGUCCGAGUAAGUCGAUGUUGUCCUGUGCUGGUGGAGUGCGUGCAAACCAAGUCGAAAUAUAGCUC